CGGGAAAAGUCAUUGUUCGAUCGGGAGCGAAAAACAUGGAUGUAGCAGAUUCAAGAACAGGUCCUAAACAUUUGAGUGAUGAUGUGGGAGAUCGUUGUCAAAAAUUAUUUCAAGAUUUCUUGGAAGAAUUUAAGAAUGAACAGAAUGAAUUAAAAUAUAUUGAAGAUGCACGAAAUUUAGUAAAACCGGAACGAAGUACAUUACAAAUAAAUUUUCCAGAUGUUGAAAGUUAUAAUCAGAAUUUGGCACAGGCAAUACAAGAGGAUUAUUAUAGAGUUUAUCCAUAUCUUUGUAAUGCUGUUAGAAAUUUUGUGAAAGAUAGAAUUGAAGUGAAUGUGGAAAAACAAUUUUAUGUGAGUUUUGUAGGUGUACAUAUCUUGCACAAAUUACAUACGUUUGGAUAAUUAUAAUGAAAUAUUUGUUAUAUGCAAUGAUUUACAGUGGGUAAUUGGAUAACGAACACUUUCGAGAAAGAUUUUUAUGUUCGGACAACGAACACCUCACAGAAUAAACACAAGAAGAAGCGAUGUAAAAUAAUGAAUACUGAUUGAUUUUCUCUUGUCUUCAGGUAACAAUUCAAAACAUUUCGGGGUGCGGGAGGCGUCGACAUAGACGCUUAAGCCGGUUUAUACCUGAUCGGGUAGUAUUCCUCCGAACUUUGAAACUCUCCCUUGUAAUUCCAGCCUUUUAUUUUUCUGACAAAACAAUUCUUUUAUGUAUUCACGAGACUGUCGGGUAGGCACUCGUUAAGUUUUGCGUCU